AUGGCUAUUACUACGGCCUCCCUCUCUUUCCAUUUUAGCAAAUUCCCCGUUCAUCACACUCAUUCAUCUUCAAUACGCCAUCUUAUCCCUUCUGGCCGAGGGUUGAAUCUCUAUUACCCUCGUUCCUCUCACAGAUUUUCGUAUUUUGGUUCCAAGUGUUCACUGACAGACACUGAUGUGCGUUUGGGUCAUGUGACCACCGGUGAGGAUGAGGGUCAGGGAAGAGGGGUGGUUGAGCCGCCAUUUGUUAAACUCAAAACUGAUAUUCUUGAGACUGAGUCUUUGAACUUGCUCGCUGAAGCCACAUUUGUAGAUACUCUCUUGACAACAUUGCCUGUUUUGUCCGAGGAGGAGCAACAUGCCCUUUCGGCUACUCCAGCCCACCCGGCUGGGUUACACGCUUUCUAUGCUAGUUGCAUAGCUGCAAAUGUAGUGGAGCAACUUUGGAAUUUUGCUUGGCCUUCUGCCAUUGCCUUGAUUCAUCCAAGCCUUUUGCCAGUUGCUGUGAUGGGUUUCUUCACUAAAGUGACUAUAAUUGUUGGUGGUCCCUUGGUUGGCAAAGUUAUGGACCAUUUUCCAAGAAUGCAUGCAUAUAAUUGCUUAACAGUCGUUCAGGCAGCAGCUCAGUUACUAUCAGCAACAAUGAUUAUUCACGCCCAUUCUGUGCGACAUACUUCAUUGUCUAGUCUGCUUCUGCGUCCAUGGUUUGUCAUAUUGGUUUCAGCUGGGGCUAUUGAGAGGCUAUGUGGUGUAGCCUUGGGAGUUGCAAAUGAGCGUGACUGGGUUGUGUUGCUGGCAGGAGUGAAUCGGCCGAUUGCACUUGCACAGGCAAAUGCUGUUCUUAAUCGGAUUGAUCUCCUGUGUGAGAUAGCUGGGGCAUUGCUGUUCGGAUGCCUUCUUUCUAAAUUUCAUCCUGUAAUCUGCUUAAAAGCUGCUUCUGGCUUAAUGAUGGGGCUUCUGCCUGUUACAAUUAUUUUCACUUAUUUAACCAACAAGCUUUCUACCGGUGUUCUUGAUAGACCCAAACCUUCACAAACCUGUUGCAGAACAUUUAAUGAAGAUUCUGCAACAGAUGCUAACAGUAUAGUUUUUAAAGGUCUGGAAGCCAUCAAGCUUGGCUGGAAGGAGUAUCUGGGUCAACCUGUUCUUCCUGCUAGUCUUGCAUGGGUGCUCCUCUACUUUAAUAUUGUUCUCUCGCCAGGCAGUUUGUUGACAGCAUUUUUAACACAGCGUGGCUUACAUCCAUCUAUCAUAGGAGGUUUCAGUGGAAUGUGUGCUUUUAUGGGUGUUGCUGCAACAUUUGUGUCUUCAACUCUGGUUGAGCAAUUUGGCAUUUUAAAGGCUGGAGCAGUUGGGCUGGUAUUUCAAGCUUUACUUCUCAGCAUGGCUGUCGCCGUAUACUGGAGUGGAUCAAUUUCUCAUCGGAGCCCACUUCUGACAUUCUUAUUUCUGAUUAUUUUAUCACGGUUAGGACACAUGUCAUAUGAUGUUGUAGGGGCACAGAUUAUCCAGACAGGAAUCCCAUCAUCCAAAGCAAAUCUUAUUGGGACGACAGAGGUUGCUGUUGCUAGUUUGGCCGAGUCCAUAAUGCUGGGUGUUGCAAUAAUUGCAAAUGAUCCUUCUCAUUUUGGAUGUUUGGCACUGUUGUCUCUUCUAUCAGUACUUAGUGCAGCAUGGAUGUUCUGUAGAUGGCUUUUGAAUCCAACAAAUGAACAAAAAAUCCUUUUUUCUUAUGAUCCCCAGUUUUGA